AUGGUAUCGUCGUUAAUAUAUUCGCUGUGCGCUGUCUCUGGCCUGUUGGCCACCACGGUCAAUGGCCUGCCAAAGAAGGGCCAUCGCGCGGAGACCUCUUUACCCAUUGUCAAGCAGACCAAGUGUGGUUCACAUACAUACCAGUACAACGGCCUCGUUGGAUACGGCACUGUCCCAUCGAAUGCUGUUGACAAGUACGGAGAUACCCUUGGGGGUUUUGGAAGCUCUAUCGCUAUCGAGCAGGCAUCGUGGAAGAAGAACUCAGAUGGUACCUAUGAGGGUAUUGCCUGGGCUAUCCCCGACCGCGGCUGGAACACGCAGGGCACGCUGAACGUGCAGAGCCGUAUCCAGAAGCUCGGCCUGAAGCUGACUCUGGCACCCGGUGCCACCGUCUCCAACCCAUCCAACCCCAAUCUUGAGAUCAAGCUCCUGGACACGCUGCUGCUGACAGAUCCUGACGGCACUCCGAUGACCGGGCUGGAUGCUGACUUCUCUGGAAACAUCAGCUACCCAGGCUUCCCCGGAAUGCCAGUGGCUACUUACCCUGGAGAUGGAUUCGGCGGCAGCGGCGCAGGUGGACGACGCAUCUCGUUGGACUCCGAGGGCAUUGUGAUUGGCAACGACGGUGCAUUCUGGGUCUCUGACGAGUACGGCCCCUAUGUGUACAAGUUCUCGCGGGAAGGCCGCAUGCUGCAGGCCAUCCAGCCUCCAGAUGCGUACAUCCCCCGUCGAAACGGCAAGGUCAGCUUCAGCGCCGCCUCCCCUCCAAUCUAUGAGCCCGAUCGCCAGACGGACCCAGAGGACCCCGAAACAGGACGCAACAACAACCAGGGCUUCGAAGGACUGACCAUCUCACGAGACGGCAAGACGCUGUACGUGCUAAUCCAGUCUGCGCUGAAUAACGACGGCGGCCCGAAGAAACGGUACAGAAAGCAGGCCCGCAUGCUGGAGUAUGACAUCUCCGGAACCACGCCCAAGUACACCCACGAGUACGUGGUGACGCUGGCGACCUUUGUCGACCCGCACGAGCAAGACCCAAGCAAGGCGACCAUCACGGCCUCGCAGUCCGAGAUCCACUAUCUACCAACGGGCGACUUUCUCAUUCUGUCCCGAGACAGCAACGCAGGCCGGGCGGCCCAGUACACCGAGUCCGUCUACCGCCAUGCCGACAUCAUCUCCAAGUCGACCCAGACAACGGACAUCAAGUCGAAGAGCAACGACAAGGCGGACGGCUCGAUCGCCUCGAGCGAGGGCGUGCUGGACGACGGCAUCAACCCGCUGGACUACUGCUCGUUCGUAGACUACAACCUCAACUCCGAGCUGGGCAAGUUCAGGCUGCACAACGGCGGCGCGCAGGACGAGCAUCUACUAAACGAGAAGUGGGAGAGCCUUGCCCUUGUCCCAGUCGAUCCGUCCAAGGAGUUUGAGGACAACGGCAAGAAUGAGUACUUUUUGAUCUCCUUUAGUGACAACGACUACAUCACCCAGGACGGUACGUCUUCUUCUCUUCUUCUCUUCUUCUCUUCUGCCUCCGAGUGA